ACGUUCUUUUUGAUCAAGACGUAUAAGAGUGGUUUGUGCAACUUUUCGGUCGUUUCCAGAAUCGGAUUCAUCCGACACUUCCACUUCUAUAUUUCGACGUAAAAUCCACCUCAAAUUGAAGAAUCAUGCCUCCCAAGUUCGAUCCUAACGAAAUUAAAAUCGUCUGCCUGAGGGCUGUAGGAGGUGAGGUCGGAGCAACCUCAACCCUCGCUCCCAAGAUCGGUCCCCUUGGUCUGUCACCUAAGAAGGUAGGAGAUGACAUCGCCAAGGCCACCCAGGAAUGGAAGGGGCUGAAGAUCACCGUCAUGUUGACCAUUCAGAACCGUCAGGCCAAGGUCAGCGUGGUGCCCAGCGCAUCAUCUCUCAUCAUCCGUGCCCUCAAGGAGCCCCCUCGUGACAGGAAGAAGGUCAAGAACAUCUCUCACAGCGGGAACAUCGGCCUGGACGUCAUCAUUGAGAUCGCCAAGACGAUGCGUGAGCGUUCCAUGGCCCGUGAGCUGAAGGGAACGGUCAAGGAGGUCCUGGGAACCGCCCAGUCUGUCGGAUGCACCGUGGACGGGUCAAACCCCCAUGACAUCAUCGAGCAGAUCAACGAUGGAGCCAUCGAGAUCCCUGCCGAAUGAUCUGGAUGUCCAGCUUACACGUACAGGCAAAGGAGACAUGAUUCUUUAGUUCGACUCCAGCAAUCAACACCUACUGCUGUGAAUGUGUGAUUAAAGGAUUCUCACAAAAAAAUUGCAAAA